ACUCCAGCCCUGGUAAGAGUAAGACUCUGUCUCAAAAAAAAAAAAAAAAGAAAUGAUGGAACACAGGUUCUUGUCCUGGAAAAUCUGCCUUUCCUCUGCUCGGGAUGGCUGCGUUCAGACACGAGGGUGCCUGUGGUCCCUGGCUGCCUGCUGAGUGCCUGCUGUGUACAGGCCCCACACCUUACAGCUCACGCGCAUCCCAGGUGCCCUCUCAUCCACUCUGAGACACAGGCAGAGGACACUGACAAGGCGUUCAGAUGAGGGAGCAGUGCGGCUGGGGCUGGGAAACGGGGUGGGGGGCCGGGCUCCAGGUGGCAGCUACUGAUGGGGCAGCUGUCAGAGUCAAUCCCUUUGAAAUGAAGUCUUUGUGUGGGGGGAGCUGCAAAGGGGGAGGGCGGGACAGGGAGGGAGGAGGCCCUGGUGGGAAGGGCCCCGCAAGGCCUGCCCAGAGCACCAGGAGCUGGCUGGGACUGGAGACUGGCGCGGCUGGAGCUGCAGCUGCCUGGCAGAGGGGACACUGAGGUGGGGGUGUGGCUCUGGGACAGACAUCAGGGCAGGACAUCCCUAGCAAGGGUCCACGGUCUGGCUGGGAGAUGUGGACUAGCUGCAACGUGGGGCGGGGUUAAAGGUCUUCUAGGGUGGCCCUGGGGAGCACAGCUCUGCACCUGAACACCACCCUGGCCGCAGGCCUGCAGCUUCAGGAGCAUGAGUGAGCAGGGAAGGGAGAUGGAGGAGGAGGAGGGAGGCGGUGCUUCGGACACAGCGCCUAUGCUGCCCCGGGGACCUCCUGACCACCAGGCCUCAGCUCUGCCGUGCCCAGGGUGGCCGGGGCCCCUGCUGCUGCCCGGCCGGCUGGUGGCCGGGCUCCUGCUGCACCUCCUGCUGCCCGCCACAGCCUUCCUGCUGGUGCUCCUGCCCGCAGCGGCCGUCGUCUACCUGGGAUUCCUGUGCCACUCGAGGGUCCACCCCGCUCCCGGUCCCCGGUGCCGCGCGCUGUUCUCGGACCGCGGCUCCGCGGCGCUCAUCGUGUUCGGGCUUCUCUCGCUGCCGCCGCUGCUGGUGCUCGCCUCGGCCGUCCGCGCCCGCCUGGCCCGGCGCCUCCGCCCGCUGCUGCCUCCGCCCGCUGGGACCCCCGGACCCCGCCGCCCCCCGGGGCGCCCCGACGGGGACGAGCAACUCUGCGCCUGGGUGUGACCCGGCGGCCGCUGCGAAACCCCGAGAGGCCUCCGAGCUCGCGCGGGACCCCAUCGCGUGGCCCGGCCCGGGAAACUGAGGGUCGCGCCCGCUCCCCCUUCCUGGCUGCGCGCGCAGCGCUCC